AUGGGGGUCCGCAUGGGUCAGGGCAGAGGACCGCCAGCCCCCGAUGGUGGCUGGGGCUGGGCUGUACUGCUGAGCUGCUUCGUGGUCACUGGUUUCUCCUACGCCUUCCCCAAGGCUGUCAGCAUUUAUUUCAAGGAACUGAUGCGAGACUUCGGGGUGGGUUACAGUGAUACAGCCUGGAUUUCCUCCAUCAUGCUUGCAAUGCUCUAUGGCAGUGGCCCUGUGUCCAGUAUAAUGGUGAACAAGUUUGGCUGUCGACCAGUGAUGCUGUUUGGGGGCUUGCUGGCAUCGGCAGGCAUGGUGGCUGCAUCCUUCACCACCAACAUUGUCCAGCUUUAUCUGACUGCUGGCGUUGCCACAGGUAUGGGCCUAGCGCUGAAUUUCCAGCCAUCACUCAUCAUGCUCGGCUGCUACUUUGACCGUCGGAGGCCAUUGGCCAACGGACUCGCAGCAGCCGGGAGCCCAGUCUUCCUCUCUGCUCUCUCCCCACUUGGCCAAGUCCUGGUGGACCAUUUUGGAUGGAGAGGAGGCUUCCUCAUCAUGGGUGGGUUGCUGCUAAACUGCUGCACUUGCGGAGCUGUCAUGAGACCCCUGGAGCAGAAGCAGAACAAGGAAGACGACAGUAGUAAGAGUGAGGAUUGCACGGAGCAAUCUGAGAAAACCAACAUGAAGAACAGGAAGAAACUUCUGGACUUUAGUGUACUCCGCAAUAAGGGCCUUGUAAUCUACAUUAUCACCAAGUUUGUUGCUAUCCUUGGCCUUUUUGUUCCCACCAUCCUACUGGUGAACUACGCCAAGGACCAGGGCAUACCAGAUCAUGAGGCUGCUUUCCUGCUCUCCAUCAUCGGCUUCGUCGAUAUCUUUGCCCGGCCCACAUGUGGCCUGGUUGCUGGGCUAAAGCGUGUGCGACCAAGGAUGGCUUACUUCUUCAGCCUGGCUUUGCUCUUCAACGGGCUGACGGACGUGUGCUCUGCUAGAAGCACAAGCUACAUUGGCCUUGUGGUCUUCUGCGUCUUCUUCGGGCUGUCCUAUGGAAUGGUGGGUGCCCUUCAGUUUGAGAUGCUGAUGGGCAUCGUGGGGACAAGGGGUUUCUCCAGUGCCCUGGGCCUGGUGCUGCUCAUCGAGGCUGUGGCUGUGCUCAUCGGACCCCCCUCGGCUGGUCGUUUAGUGGAUGCAUACAAGAGCUAUGAGCUCAUAUUCUACAUGGCCGGGGGAGAGUUAAUAGCUGCAGGUGUGUGUCUGUGUGUGGCAUCGUACUGUUGUGUUGGACGGAGUAAGAAACAUAAUCCACACAAGGAGGCAGAGCGGGAUGUGGAGAAGGAUCUGCCAGUGGCUGAUGGCACCCACACAGAUCACAACAGCGAACAGUCCCGUGGAGCAGCUUGA